AUGGAGCUCUCCCUUAGACGAACCAGCUUCCUCCUGCUCCUGUUCUUCUUCUCUAAUGCAGUUCUCUUGCGGAGCAUUGAUGCAGAAGUCAUAACCCUCACAUCGGAAACUUUCUCUGACAAGGUAGGGCAAAUUUUCUUGUCUUGUGUGUGGAUCUUCAUUGGAGGGGCAUAGAAUCCUUGGAAUGAUCUGAUAGCUUCAAUUUUAAUGCGAAGGAGUACUGUAUGGGAGCCGGGGACACCCGAGAACGGUCUUGCUGGGGCAUACUCUGCCUGAUUUUUAAAUUAUGGUUUUCUCUGUUGCCAUCAUAUUGAUGCGAUUGGGGGAAGAUGUUCUUGAGGCUAGAAAAAUGCUUUCCUUUUUAACUACAGGUCAAGGAGAAGGGGACCGUAUGGUUCGUGAAAUUCUGCGUCCCUUGGUGCAAGUUUUGGUAAGUAUUCUGGAUUCAUUCGAUGCAACCAUGACUUCAUUUCUCGUAAGAUAAUGUGCUGAGACAUUUGUACUUUCUAGCAAGAACCUUGGAAACCUAUGGGAGGACUUGGCGAAAUCUGUAGAAGUGGAAGAUGAAAUAGAGAUCGGACAAGUCGAUUGCAGCGUAGACAAGCCUGUAUGCACUAAGGCCGACAUUCAUUCGUACCCAACGUUUAAAGUUUUCUAUGACGGAAAAGAAGUUUCGAAAUACCAAGGUAAAUAUGUAUAAUGAUUUUUUUAUUGAGAUGUGGUUUCAUUGCGAUUGUCUAUUAUACUCUGAGGGCAAGAUCUGUAAAUUUUCAAGGCAUCACAUGACUUCCUCUUAGGGGCGGUUUCCGCGAUAUGCCCACUGCCUUCUUAUGGUCUUCUUGCUUCAAAUAGAAGCGACGUUUCAGUUGAAUAUCGUGACUGGGAGAUCGUAGGGGACAUUUUUUUCUCUCACUGCUGUGUAAAUAGCCCAAUGACCACGUUGCUCCGCUUCUUCUGAUGGGAACUUAACUCAUCCUUAUUAGAUGACAAUCAGAGGAACGGUGUGUUUUAGGCAGCCUUCGAGAGAAGAAUCUCCAGAAAGUGGCCCUUGAGGCCUUUAACUGCAAGAGAAUCUCACCCAGCUAGCAAUUUUCGUACUGCCUUCUGUUCCAAAAUACAUCUGCCCUCCUCUCACCAUCCCCAAGAUUGCACUGUAUGCUUCAAAUCUACAACUAUUGGAUUUGGAGUCUGAUAACCUCCAAUUUAUCAUUUGUCUCUUCCAUCAGUUAUUGAGUUUUAACCCUAUGCAUGAGAUUGUAUCCCAAACAUGUGAGGGAUAUUGAUUCAAAAAACAUUCCCCUUCAAUUCCUUUUGCUUAGUGCUGGAUGAUCUUAUUUUGGUUUUCUUGAUCUCAACAUUCUCAAUGUCUAUACUCGGAACCAAAAAAUAGUCUUUUCCGUUUUGCACAAAUGAUGAACAUAUCAAUACAUGAUAUGGAAGGUUCACUUUUGAGAGUAAUUAUGUGCAAUCCCCUCUUCACCAGACAUGUACACAAUAAUUAGGUCUCAUGUAUUACUUUAAUCUCAAAGUUUUCCGUUGAUCUCUCUGUUUUUGCCUGACCCUUUUUUCUGUGGGUUUUUUUGAAACCCAAACUCAUCUUACAAGGGCUAUUAAGAUCGCCAAAAAUAAAAAGGUGUUUCAUCUAAUGAAAUUAAUUUCUUUUAAGGAUGCAUGAAGAGGUACCUCUUUAAUCCAUUUUCAAGUAAAGAUAUGUUUAUGUUUCAUAAAUCUGAUUUUACAAGUGACGCUCAUUCGUAACCCUAAGGUGUAAAUCAGCCAAGCUUUCUGAAAGGCCAGAUUUAUAAAAUAUUUGCCUUGCCCAGCCUGCCUAAUUUAUUGGUCUCAGGCUUAAUGAGCACCAGACUGUGGGCCUGGAGAUCCCUCGCUUCUUGACUCUCCUCCUCCAUUGUCGCCACCUUUGUCCCCUCCCUUGCGCUUUCCCAUACACACAGCCACCUGACCAUAGUGUCGGCCAUCAUCCCUCACCCUGCCAUGACCACCCACAUUUCUCCCCUUCCCUCCUCCCUGAAUGUUGUCAUCAUCCCUCCCUGUUCCCUUCAUAAGAUCUUUUUAAGAACCUGGGGCUCCCCUCCCCCUUUGAAGCAAUCUGCUACGGUUGGAAGAACUACAGCUGUGUAUGGAUGUCCACAAUCUGAAAAGGGCUACGAUUAUUCUAAGAUGUAUGAUAGAAGUGCAUCUACCGGGAACCUUGGAGAAAAAAGGGAAUGUAUCUUACUCUAGUCACAGAUGCCUCAUCCCUCAGAUGAAGAUGGAGUUCUUGCCUUGUCUACUCAGGACUGAGGCUGAGCAGAGGAAAUUGUAGAGGCAGGUCGAUAAGAUCUACCCCCCUUGAGAAAACAAAUCUAAAAACCCUUUCUCCUGUUCUCAUUAAUAAGAGCAAGUAUCUAUUUCUUCAUCACAUCUUGUCGUUCGAUUUUCGUGCCGCAUUAUAUCUUCUCAGUCACAAGUCAGUUCAUCAUUUUUCUCUGUAUUUCCGAAAAUAGGCAUAUAUUCCAGGCCUGGUGUGAUGAUCACUUAAACGACGGGAUUCUUCUAGCUUAGUUGAUAACCGAUAACAGAUAACUGAUGAUUGGACUGGGUUUCAUUUUUUGUUCAUCAAUGAGGUAGGAGAUAAACUCCAUUCCUUCCCUUUAUAGUUCCUACAUGGUGCUAUUCUUUCAUCAGUCAACUCAUCUAAAUGAUCUAAGCCAAAUUCCAUGCUCGGUGCGGCAGCACUUAUUUGAACGGGCUAGGAUAUUGUAGCCCAUGUUGUUAUUCCGAAAUCUUCUUGGCUCAUAUGAACAUGAACACCACAAACGUGCCACGUGGAGCUCCAACGGUUGCCCACAUGCCAGGCUGAAAAUCUGCUGCAGAUGAUUUUUUUGAGCAAAUAAUUAUCCAAACUUUGUGCAGCAUUUCUUCGUGACUGAUCAAAUGCCACUUUGAGGAUGAGAUUAUUGACUUCCUCUUUGUGUGCUCGAUGUACAGGUCCCAAGCAGGUUGACUCUCUGAGAGCAUUUGUUUUAAACGCGGCAAGAAAUGCAACCCGAGCUGAUGAUGUGGAAUCAGACAGCGAAUUGUAG